UAUCCCGUCACUCAGACCAUAACGACGCUGUCUCUCUCACACACCCUCUCUCUCUCUCUCUUUCCCUCCCUCUCUCUGUCUCCAUAUUUCAAUUACCUGUGAUAUAAUUUGAAGUGCAUAAAAUGGAUAAAAGGAGAGUCUUCGCGGUGGUGGUGUUGGGCGGAGUGCUGACUGCAUUGUGUUUGCUCUACUCCUCUUCCACGCUACUGUCCAUCAGGGGGGAAUAUAGUCUACAGCCAAGAGUGGUGGAAAGCUUCCGAGCGCCGAAACCAUUUGAUCCCUACAGCCAACCACCAACAACAACACCACCUCCACCACCUCCACCACCACCACCACAACCAUCACCCGCCCAUGACUUCGCAUAUAUCGAUCCCACCCUGGACGCGAUCAAAACCGAGCCGAAUGUUUUCCACGACGAUUAUGUUAACCAGACUCUUGUAGAUGGAACGAAACUGAAAAUCAUUCUGUACUGGAACGACGUCUACGGCGUCAAACACUUCGGCCUCGGCUAUGGACACAAGCCCUUCCUGGAUGCCGGCUGCCGCGUCAACACCUGUCUGACCACCGGGAACAGGCAACGCUACCCCCCAGACCAGCUUGACGCCCUGCUCUGGCACUAUCGGGCAAACGACAAGUCCCUUCCUAAAAAGAGGUCCCCACACACCAGGUACAUCUUCUGGUUAAUGGAGUCCGCGUCUUACCUGUAUGGCAGUGUGAUCCCCUUCAACGGCGUCUUCAACUGGACUUUUACCUACAGACGGGACUCCGAUAUCUACAACCCGUACGGAAGGGUGUACCGGCGCCGCACCCCUCUCCCCACCCCCCCCAUACCCCGGGACUACGCCGAGGGGAAAACCAAGAUGGCCGCCUGGUUCGUGUCCCACUGCCACACGGAGUCCGACAGGGAAGCGCUGGUUAAGGAGAUGCAGAAGUGGAUGAAAGUGGACAUCUACGGCAGCUGCGGGAAUUUGCAGUGUGACCGUAGCAAGAAUCGUGAGUGUCAGGAAAUGCUGAGCCGAGACUACAAGUUCUACCUCUCCUUUGAGAACUCCCUCUGCCACGACUACAUCACCGAGAAGUUCUUUGGGAUCCUGAACUUGGACAUCCUCCCUGUGGUCUGGGGCGCCGGGCCAUACGAAGAAAUAGCACCCCCGCACUCCUACAUCAACGCCCGGGACUUUGCUUCGCCUCACGCCCUUGUUGACUACCUCCUGUACCUUGACAAGAACCACACUGCUUACAACGAGUAUUUCAGGUGGAAGCCGUAUUUCCAGCAGUCGUACGAUUGGGCCAGGAAGGCAAAGGCUUUCUGCGACCUCUGCGAGAAACUCCACAGCGACGAACCGCCCAAAACCGUCAACCUCCAGAAGUGGUUCGUGGAGGACUCCCACUGCCAGACCCACCGCGACUCCGCCAUCAGGAACUUCAUACAUCAAGGGAAGAAGCGCAUGGACAAAAAUCGGAUACUGCAUCGUAAAAGUCCUCUUGUCGCUGCUUCAAACAAUAGAAAAUAUACCAGGAGGGCGAAAAGAGGUCAAUUUUGCGUGGAGGGAAGUCUUGAUACUCUCCUCGUGAAAGAGCUCAAGUCGUAGGCAGGAGGAAAUACAGACGAAGGAAGGCUGUACCAGGGUUUACCAGCGGAAGGAAUGAGAGAAGGAAGAUGCUGGAUAACUAAUGCAUAAGAGUUAAUAAGGAAAGGGUGAGAAGGACAGAGGAAGGGAGAAAAGGGGAAAGGAAGGAAGGAUGGAAAGAGGAUAGAAAAAUGUGAAAGUAAUCAGGUCGUGUAAGUAGAUUAGUGUAUGUAGUUAGGUAGUGUAAGUAGUUUGUAUAAGUAGUUAAUUUCAUUUUUCAUUUCCUCAAGGGGCCAGGACAGGAUUGGGAUAAGGGUUAGGAUGAGGAAAGAUAUUGGGACAUGGUGAAGGGCCAGUAUUAGGGAGAUAAUGAUUGAUGAUCCUAUUUCUAAAUGUGUCAAGAGUGGGACUAUUAACUACAUGAGAUGGGAGAUGAUUCCACUCUUGGAUGCUGCGGGGAAAGAAUGAAUAUCUGAAUAUACAAAUGUUAGUCUGGUAAGUGUGGUAUUGAAGGUUGUGGCUGCCUCUAGUGGAUCAUGUAGUUGUCGGGUGUAAAUAAGUCUCUUUGUUUAUGUCUACUAAAUUGUUUGUGAUUAUAUGUAGCAUUUGUUGUCUGUGUAUUUGUCUUCGUGUUGCUAAUGGGUCUAGUUUUGUCUUGUUUAAUCAAAGUGACUGAUGUGGUGUGUCUAUAAUCACGUCUGACCCAUCCUGCAGCUUUCUUUUGUAUGGCCUCUAAUUUAUUCAUGUUAUUGUUAGUGUGUGGGUCCCAGACGGUGGCACAAUAUUCUAUGUUUGGCCGAACGAGUGUCUUAUAUGCAAGAAUUUUGAUGUUUGUGUUACACGUGCUAAGGUUCCUACGCAGGAACCCCAGGGCUCUGUGAGCUUUGGCCCUGAUGCUGCCCACGUGUGUGUUCCAUCAGAUGUCUGCUGAGAUGUGUGCGCCCAAGUAUUUAUAUGAAGAGACAGUGGUCAGGUUUGUGUCAUGGAGUUUGUUAGUACGAGUGAAACGGAUGUGAUGGCAUUUGUCUGGUCUAAACGUCAUCUGCUACUUGCCUUCCCAGUCUUCAAGUGCAGCUAAAUCAUCCUGUAGGCGAAGACAGUCAUCCCUAUCUAAAAUGGGUCGAUAAACUAAGCUCUACUAAGCAUCUGCAGAAAGUCUAGUAGUAGAGGAAGGUGACAGUGGGAGAUCAUUAAUGUAGGAAAGGAAAAGAAGGGGGCCCAAGACGGUGCCUCGAGGUACCCCAGAAGUUACAGGAACAGUUGAGGAUUGGUUGCCAUUAAGAACAGCUCGAUGCCUGCGGGUAGUCUAAAACGUGGUAAUCCAGUUAGAAAGUUGUCCUCGUAUGCCAUAGAAUUCUAAUUUAGCUAACAGUCAUUGGUGGUAGUGUAAGUAGAUUAGUGUCAGUGGUUUUGUAUAAGUAAUAAGGUAGUGUAAAUAGUCUGUGUUGGUAGUGUAAGUAGAUUAGUGUCAGUGGUUUUGUAUAAGUAAUAAGGUAGUGUAAGUAGUUUGUGUGGGUAGUGUAAGUAGAUUAGUGUCUGUGGUUUUGUAUAAGUAGUAAGGUAGUGUAAGUAGUCUGUGUUGAUAGUGUAAGUAGAUUAAUGUCAGUAGUUUUGUAUAAGUAAUAAGGUUGUGUAAGUAGUUUGUGUAAGUAGUGAAGUAGAUUUGUGUACGUAGUUUUGUAUAAGUAGUUUGUGUAAGUAUUGAAGUAGAUUAGUGUACGUAGUUUUAUAUAAGUAGUUAGAUGCUGUAAGUAGAUCAGUGUAAGUAGUUUAGCAUUAAUAGUUUUGUAUCGGUAAAUUUGUACGAUAAACUGGAUGGAACAGUUGGUAGCUUCGUGUGGUAGAUAUUUUGUACAACUAAUUUUUUUAUUAUUAUUAAGUAAUUAUAUAAGUGAUUCCGUGUAACCAGACUUGUAUAACGAAUAGCUCCUCUAGUCUUUUCGCACGCGUGAUUUCGUAUAAAUUGUUUGACCGAUGUUGUUUUUUGACCUCCUCCUCCUCCUCCUCCGAUACCCUACGCCCCUGUCCACCCAGCAGUGAAUGGGUACCAGGUAUUAAUCGGGGGUUGUGUCCCGUCUCCUGGGGUCUGUUCCCUUCCUUCUCCUAUAAUUCCUUCCCCCUCCUGUCUCUCUCCGGCAUAUGACCACAGAUAUUGCGCCGACUAAACGAAACUUUCCAACUUUCCUCUUCAGUAUUCCUCGUUCUCCUUUCCUCCUCCAUUAGUUGGCCUUCCGCCCUUUCUCCCUUCCUCCCCCCUCUGACCUGACCUUUCUCUGACCUCUUGACAGACGAGGGCGUAACAGAACGGGACGCGACGCCGGACGUGACCUCAGGGGCGCGGGUGGCAGGGCGACUCUUCUCCAAAUGACCUGACCUGACCUCCCCUCCACCCGUCUUGCCUAAUGAGUUUGCUUGAUUAACCUGUUGAUUGAUCGCGCGUGGAGGUGUGUGUGGGGGGGGGGGGAUGUGUGUGUUUGUGUGUGCGUGUGCGAGUUCACCGGUUAAUUAUUGGGUGUGCGCGUUUCCAUGAUCGUUUUUUUUAUACAACCACGUGUGUGUGUGUGUGUGUGUGUGUGUGUGUGUGUGUGUGUGUGUGUGUGUGUGUGUGUGUUCGUGUGCGGAUACAUUGUGCCUUAAUUAAAAGCCGAUUCCUGGUUGUGUUUUGUAAUUAUAUUUUUUCUAAUGUAAUACAUUUGUUAUUUAUGGUAAA